CUUCCUACCCAUUGUAUACCAUCUCUCUCUCUCUCUCUCUCUCUCUCUCUCUCUCGCUGCAAAUGUCUCAAAUUCUCACAAAAUCUCCCAAACACUGUGGCAACAAGCAAGGAUUGAAUGUGAGCAAGUUCUACAAGAAGCUAUUCUGCACCUUCUCUACCAUCUUCCUUUCAAUCCUAUUACUCAUCUUCCUUGUUUAUUUCAUCCUACACCCUUCCAAGCCCCAGUUCUCUCUCAAAGAAACCGAUAUAUAUGAACUCAACCUCUCAAAUACUCACCUUCUCAAUUCCUCCAUCCAACUCACUCUACUCUCGAAGAACCCAAACAAUAAAGUCGGCAUUUACUACGACGUGCUACAAGUUUAUGCAUCUUACAAGGGCCAACAGGUUACUACUGAUACUUCUCUACCUCCCUUCUAUCAAGGGAAUCAAGAGAGCAACCUUUUAACCGCGUCUUUGGUUGGAGUAGGGUUACCCGUGGAUCCCUCCUUCGGUUACGAAGUGGGGCGCGAUCAGGUGGCCGGGAAACUGGUAUUGAAUCUGAAGGUGAAUGGACGGCUUCGAUGGAAGGUGGGGACUUGGGUGUCCGGGCGGUAUAGGUUCAAUGUUAAUUGUGUUUCGAUUAUGGAUUUUGGACCUACUAUACCGACAGGUCCAUUGAGUUCUAAGCAAGGGACUGAAUGUUCGACAACAGUUUGAAUCAUGAUGAUAAACGAAUGUGUUGAAUUAGGCAUCUAAUGGGUAAUUUUUUAUGGCUUGCUUGCAGGUUUGAUUUCUAAGGUUGGCUUAUGUAAUUUUCUUGUUAGUGCUUGUAAAUAAGUGAUAAAUGGUAUAUAGGAUUGGAAGUUUACAUUACAAUUAUAAUAAUAAUGAAAAGCUAGUUAUCUUCUCUUCUUUUUCAA